CAACGAACCACAUGAGCACCGUAGCCCCGAUCGAGCCAGCUGGCGCCGAGUCUGAAGCACGGCCGACGGACUUGGCCGCUGCGGGAACAUUUCUCCCUCCGCCAUCACCGUUGCCCAUGGGACGCCCGAAGCUCGUGCUGCAGCUCUCUUCCGUGGACGAGCCACCGCCGGCGCCAGUCGCGGGCAUGCUCGGCGCACUCAAGACGCACCACAAGGAGCAAAUCAGCCCCGAAGAGAGCUUAAAAGAGGUCCAGGGCGAUGGGCCCGCCGAUCUAGCGACCGAUACGUGUCGCUUCAAGCGCUUGGGCAAAGGGGCGGGCGGUGCCGUGUACCUCGCUUGCUACCUUCCGUCGUUGCAGCUGAUUGCGAUCAAAGAGGUCGUUAUGCACCACGUCGAGGACCAACACAUGGUAGCCCACGAGCUCCAUGCGCUCCACGACAACCUCGUGCCGCUCGUGCAAGCGGCGACGCACAAGUCCAUCAAGUUUCUCGGGAAGCUCUCGCAUCGGAAGCUUCACAUUGGGAUUGCUCACCCGUGCCCGCAGAUCGUGUCGUUCUACGGCGCGUUCGCAACGCCCAACAAGACGAGUGUCUCGAUCGCCAUGGAAUACAUGGACUGCGGCACGCUGCAGACGUUCAUUGACAAGAAGAUUGUGCUGCCAGAAUCCAUUCUCCGCCACAUCUCUUACUGCACGGCGCAGGCGCUGGCCCACAUGCACCGUUACCGGAUGCUGCACCGAGAUAUUAAGCCGGCCAACAUUCUCGUUGACCACAACGGCGAGUUCAAGAUCGCCGACUUUGGUCUUGCGUCGACAUUGUCCAAGAGUGCUUCGUAUUCGUCCGAUUUUCAGGGCACCAUGAUGUACAUGUCGCCCGAGCGGAUCCAAGGCAACGAGUACUCCUACCCGAGCGAUAUCUGGUCGAUUGGCGUCACCCUUCUCACGCUCUCCCUCGGCAAAUACCCUUUUGAUAACCAAGAGGGGUUCUUUGGCCUUGAGGACGCAAUCGUGAACGAGCCGAUCCCAGGCCCACCAGCAACGUUCUCGGCGGCUUGUCAAGCCUUUAUUGCCGCGCUCUUGGUGAAGGAUCCCUCGGCGCGACUCACGGCCGAGGAGGCGCUUGCCCACGAUUUUCUCAAGGACUACAGCCGGACACCGGCGUACGAGGCAGUAUGGGCAACCAUGAAUCCGCAGACACCCAUGCGACCCGAAGACGUUCGUGCGCUCGUACAUGCCAUUCGGUGCCACGAAGCAUCUGGGACCAAAACACGCGACGACGCAUUCGACUUUCAGUCGCACCACCUCGAGAGCCUCAGCGCAGCGCACGCCUCGUGGAGCCAGAAACACGUUGCCAACCUGGCAGCGACGUGCGCAACCUCUGUCGAGACGCUCCUUGCGUUCUUUCAAGAACCGCUGCCGGACGAAGCCAUUCCCGUCGAUAACUGAUCAUGAGAUCGCAUGGCAAGAUCAACGGCGGGUAUCCUGCUUAGCUGGGACGCAUUAAAAAAACGAAAACAAAGACUCGACUGCGUGGUAGUCGACUUGGAGUUGCUUGGCGA